UAUCUUAGAUUAUUCUUCUAUAGUCACUUCAUAGUUUUUCGGUUUGGGGGUUGGGAAGAAAAAAAUGUUUUCUGGUUUUCAGUAAAUUAUAAUUGGGUUUAAAUUUUUUGUCCACAAUCUGUGCAAGAAAUGGGAAAUAUAUGUUGUUGUGCACAAGUAGACCAGUCGACGGUUGCUAUUAGGGAGCAGUUUGGUAAAUUUGACGAAGUACUAGAGCCUGGAUGUCGUUGCGUCCCUUGGUUCCUUGGAAAACGUUUGGCUGGCCAUCUCUCCCUUCGGCUGCAGCAGUUGGAUGUGCGCUGUGAGACAAAGACAAAGGACAAUGUAUUUGUCAAUGUAGUGGCAUCAGUACAGUACCGUGCCCUGGCAGACAAGGCCAGUGAUGCUUUUUACAGACUCAGCAACACCAGGAAUCAAAUUCAGGCCUAUGUCUUCGAUGUUAUAAGGGCAAGCGUCCCAAAAAUGAAUCUUGAUGAUGCUUUCGAGCAGAAAAAUGAAAUUGCUAUGGCCGUUGAAGAUGAACUUGAGAAGGCUAUGUCUGCUUAUGGGUACAAAAUUGUCCAGACUCUAAUUGUUGACAUAGAACCAGACGAGCAUGUUAAGAGAGCAAUGAAUGAAAUUAAUGCUGCUGCUAGGCUGAGGGUGGCUGCUAACGAGAAGGCAGAGGCUGAAAAGAUUUUGCAAAUUAAGCGAGCUGAAGGUGAAGCAGAGGCUAAGUAUCUCUCGGGCUUGGGUAUUGCUCGCCAACGUCAAGCAAUUGUCGAUGGUUUGAGAGAUAGUGUGCUUGGUUUCUCAGUUAAUGUGCCUGGAACCACUGCAAAGGACGUAAUGGAUAUGGUACUCGUCACUCAGUAUUUCGAUACGAUGAAAGAAAUUGGGGCUGCUUCCAAGUCUUCUGCUGUGUUCAUUCCACAUGGACCUGGUGCAGUCCGUGAUGUGGCUACCCAGAUUCGUGAUGGACUUCUUCAGGCUUCUACUCAGGAUCAUUUGUCUUAAAUUCCAGGUUGCUUUUCAGAUAUUCUAAUCUAAGCAAGCUUUAUUUGUAUUGUCGUUUGAUUCCCAUGUACUAAAUCUAUUUUCUGUUUGGUUUUGUGGAUACUGGCUAUUGUACUUUCCAAUAACUCGAUGUAUUAUACAUACUACUGUUUCGCAUAGUAUGAUCUAUAAUACAUGUGCUACUACUGUAAAGUCUUGAACA